GAAGCCACACACCCUCUGUGUUACACUUUGGUUUCCUCUAACAGCGGCGUGCUCCUCUCCUCACUUUCUACCGGACUAUUUAACACGAUUACCGUCCAGACUAACCCGGUGUGGGGCAGUUUAUCAGAAAGCAGCUGAGAGGAUGACGGGCAUGAAUCCGCGCUGUUUGUGGAGUUUGUAGAGGAGGCAUAAAUCCCGGUGUCGUCUCCGGCUUGUCUGUCUGCAGCAGAGCUCACCAUGAGUUAGGAACAUCAGAGAGUGUCACCGUUGCUGCCUUUACCCUCCUGUCCUCAGCUCCGUGUCUGACAGCAGCAUCACUCGCCCUGCUUCAUGAUCCAGCAGGAUGCGGCUGAGGUCCUCGCACUCUCCGAGCGCCUCCUCAUAGCUUCGCAUAAGGGACAGGCUGACAAUGUGGUCCAGCUCAUCAACAAGGGAGCGAAGGUAGCCGUCACCAAGUAUGGCAGAAGCCCCCUACACUUGGCUGCCUAUAAAGGCCACUCUGAGGUCGUGCGUAUCCUGCUCAAAGCCGGCUGUGACCUCGACAUCCAAGACGACGGUGAGCAGACAGCACUUCACCGGGCUGCCGUGGUGGGAAACGGUGACAUCAUCAGCGCUCUCAUCCAAGAAGGCUGCUCACUGGACCGACAGGACAAGGAUGGAAACACGGCUCUCCAUGAGGUGGCCUGGCACGGAUUCAGUCAGUCGGUCAAACUGCUGGUGAAGGCUGGAGCCAACGUUCACGCCAAAAACAAGGCAGGAAACACGGCCCUCCACCUGGCAUGUCAGAAUGGUCACGCUCAAAGCUCCAAGGUUCUCCUCCUUGGAGGAUCCAGACCUGACAGCAAGAACCACAUUGGGGAUACGUGUCUCCAUGUUGCAGCCAGGUACAACCAUGUGCCGAUGAUCCGCAUCCUGCUGGGAGCGUUUUGCUCUGUGUCAGAGAAGAACCUGGCUGGGGACACACCACUCCACGUAGCAGCUGCUCUGAAUCAUAAGAAGACAGUACGUCUGCUGCUGGAGGCCGGAGCAGACAGCCGCAUCUGCAACAACGCAGGUCAUACAGCAUUGGAUCUGGCCAGAGAGCACAACAACCCCGAUGUGGCUCUUCUCCUCACUAAAGCCCCCCAGGUGCAGAGUUUCCUGCGUGGCAGGAGUGUGAGGAAGAGGAGGGACAAGCUGAAGGCCGAGGGCAGAGCUCAGUCGGUACCCAGAGAUGAAAUGCUGCCCUGCAAGGACAGUGCCUCGGCUGCAGACGACUCGCAGAGCAGCGAGAGAGCCGUCUGCAAGCACACCGAGGUGAGCGAGUCAAACGCCAGGCGGGGGAAGAGCAGGAAGCAGAAAGAAAAGCCAUCACUGUCUGACCCGCUCCGCCGCAGAGACACACGGCACAGUGAAAACUUUCACAAGAGGAAAGACAAACUGAGAGGAGCUGCAUGUGUCCCUCCUCAUCACUAUAAAGCCUAUCAGCUAUACACACUGUACCGCAACAAGGAUGGGAAGAUCAUGCAGGCCCCUCUGAAUGGCUGUCGCUGUGAACCUCUCAUCAAUAAACUGGAGAACCAGCUGGAAGCUACAAAGGAGGAGAUGAAGACCGAGAUCCACACCGUCCAAGACCUCAUGAACAGCAAGAUGGGCCAGCUGGACCGCAAGAACAAACAUCAGAUCCGAGCCCUGGAUAAGAUGACAGUGGAGAGAGUGUCUGCAGAGAGGAGCGAGUGUCUGCAGAGGAUUGAGCAGCGAGCUCAGCAGGAGAGACAGGAAGCUGAGAAGAGACAGCAGGCGUCCCUGGUCAGUGAGCUGAAGACUUGGUGUCUGUCUAAACUCCAGAACAUGGAGGUCCGCUUCACCGGAGACCCCACCAGGCUGCAGCGCUCCACCUCCGUCACAGAGGGCCUGAACAAGGUGGACGGAGCCGGCCUCACCGUGCUGCCACCUGGCCAACAGUGCCUGGAGCUCCACAACAGCCCCGCCCCCCCCGACUCCAGCUGGGGGGAGGCCAGCGUGGCCGAGAGCGGCACAAGCAACCAUUACUUUGUGGUCCAUGUGGAGAGUUCUCCAGAUGUCAACAAGACUCACGGUGCAGAAGGGCCCUCCCCUGCUGCAAAGACCCCUUUGUCAUCAGUCCAGGUGGUCCGACCUAAAGAGCGCUCACAGAUCUGUGCUGAAACUCCAAGGAAGAACCAGGACCUGAUGGAGUUCCAGACAAAGGGGGCCAGGAUUCACAGAGCCAGCAGCCUGUCCCCUGCCACCGAGCGACGCUGCAGCAGCAGGACUGAAGCCGGGAACAGAGACAAGGAGCGAGGGCGGGACAAAGGGAAGCACUACAGAAAGCACUCCCAGGUCAGGACUAAGUCCAGAGGGGCCGCGGGGGUCCGGACUCUUGAGGUGUUUGGAGAUCAGCAGCCCAGCGAGCCCUCAUUUGCUCAGGAGAGGGACAACAUGCACGCUCUGGAGGUGACGCAGUACUUUUUCGAGGCAGUGUCGACGCAGAUGGAGCGCUGGUAUGAGAGGAAGGUGCAGGAGGCUCGCUGGCAGGCCAAUCAGAGAGCAGAGGCUGAGAGAGCUGCUCUGAUCGAGAGGAUUAGCUACCUGGAAGACGAGCUGCGUAUGCUGAGGACUAACAGAAACGAUGACUGCUAGCACACACCUCAUAUGACAGCACCAGGUGUCAUCAACACUGAAAAAUACCUGAAAGACUUCACUUUUCACUGUGAGUUUAUGACUCAAAGAUGCCACUACUGCCAAACAGAUCCACUUUCAAAUCCUGCUGGUAGUCUGCUAACACUGGACGAGUGAAUUAAGAUGUGUACAAAGUUUUUGGUAAUAAUGGCAGCUCUUGUGCACUGUGUUUAAAAACAGUAGAUAUAAAGCUAGAAUGAUCUAAUGUGCCAUUGAAUGGAUGGACUCACUGCACCACCUGAACAUGAACAAGUCUUUGUUGUGUUGACGUAUUUAACAUGAGGCAGAAAUGAUCUGAAGAAACAAGAAUGGAGGACUUACAGUGUAAUAAGCUUUGUGUUUAUAAGUGCAUGCUGGAAUCAGACCUGUGAUGUUCACUUCCUGAUUUAUAACAGGCUAAAAUGAUGCUGGAAAAAACCCACUGAAGGAUCUGGAGUGUAGAAAUAGUCACAUUUCCUGCAUGUAAUGGUGUGUGAGGAGGCUGGGGUGUGCCAAAACAAUAACUGACUGAGGACUUCAGCAGUGUUUAAGCUUAAUAAUUAUAUUGAUUUAUCUGAAUUGAUGCUAAAAGACUUAGACGUUUCAAGUCAACCCAAGAUAAUACAAAAAGUCUUUUCUCUCUAAAGAGUUUUGUCCUAACUAAGGAUUUUGAUAGAUGCUUCUGAUUGGACAGAUUUUCCCUGGUCAACCAAUCACUGAUUGUCUUUGUUGAGCUCAUAGAUCCGUAUUCUCAUUUUCAACCUAAGACAUAGACCAGGUACUUAAAUUUCAUGUAUUCUAGACUUAGAUUCAAAUGUAAUUCUAGGAUAGGACUUGUUCCAUCCAUUUUAUCACUCACAAAGUUGCAUCAUGGUGAACUUAUUAUGCCUUAAUUCUAACCCUCACCAUUACACCCCUAACCCUGUAUAAAUACUACACAUGUGCAUUUACUGUAAAGAGGGCUAACAGCUAAAUAAUCGUCAUCAUGUGACUGAAAAGUAAAGGGUCACCAGCCUGUAGAUCACAACCUACUGGUAGAUUUUAGACUAUCUUGUAGACAUAGUGCACAUCUAGUGUAAAAGAUCUACUUGAAAAUGUUGCAGACUCUGGAACAAUACUUGAAAGUUUCUAGUCUUACCUGUAAUUUCCACACACACUGGCUGCGCCGAGCUCCACAAUGCCACAGUUUUGAUUCAGCCAAAGGUGAGCAACCAUAGUGCUGAUCAGCUUGAGAGUAGAGGGCAGAGAUCAGGGGAGAACUGUGAGUUCAUCCAUGAAUAGUAUGUCAGCAGCGGAUUAUUUUGCCUUGGGCUUGAUUUGUCAUUCAUUUCCACCUGAUUCUGUGAUUUUAUUGCAUUACCAUGGGUGAGUAAGUUAGGAAGUUAAAGGGUUAAUGUUUGCUGCAAAGAAUGUGUGGUGUCAUAUCAAAUUCCGUGGCUUUUUUCCUCAAAAGUUAACCUCAAUGGCGCUGUUGUAGCCCUGUUACCCACUGACCUCCUGAUGACCUUUUGCUUGUGCUGCAGGAUGAGAUGUUCUGUUGAUGUAGUGAUGACUUUCAUGUGUUGUAUUAUCAAGUACUUAGCACAUUUUUCCGACUGUUUGGAUCGAUCUGCUCAACGUGGAUUGACGCAGUUUUGCAGUAGCCGGUGCUGAAAAUGGACCUGCAUUGGGGUCCCAACUGGAGUGGAGUUGAACUGCUCUGAUUAAAGGUGCAGUGUGUAAAAUUGGGGAAUACUGGCAACAACCAACAGUCAGAUUCCAGAUUGUGAUUCUGACUUCUAUGAAGCCAGUGGGAUUUUUUAAAAAUGGUUUUCUGUUGUUUGUUUCCUUCUGUGGUACCAUAGAAACAUGUAAGAUGCACAAAUCCAAGAUGGUGGCAUCCAUGGAGGGGACCCUCUCUAUGUAUGAAUAAAAGGCAUAUUCUAAAAUAAUAAUAAAAAAAUCUAUAUAUUCAGGCCAUAAAACACAAAUUUAGAAACAUAUUCAUUGAUGCCAAGCUUUAUUUUUACCAAGUUUGUUUCACUCAGAGCUACAAAGGUAAAUAUUGCUAACUGCACCUUUAACUAGAGAGGGAGCGCCUCACUCAGCAGUACACUUUACUAGCAAAACGCAGUGCAGACGUUGUAUGUGGAAAUAGAAGGUUACACUGGUGUUUCACUGAAAAAAUAACUUUAAAUUUUUUAAGAGUUUUGGUUUUCAAUCAGGCUGCUUAAGUUGUUGAAUUCAAACUUGAAUUUUAAAGUUUAAAAAAGUUUUUAAUGCAUUUACUCACAGAAAUUCUCAAGUUUAUUUCAACAUAUAAAUAACUUUAAGAAAAAUAGGAUUAAAACUUAACUCCUGUAAUUGUAUAUUCACUCUUUCCUUUUAUCAUUUUAAGAGAAUGAAGACUAUCUGCAUGAAAAUACAAAUAUGUAUGUGGAAAAGUAAACAUUUGUCCCUUUUUUAGUGAGUUUGGUCAGGUAGAUCUGGUUUUCUCUGUUAAGAUCUGGCUGGAAAAGGUUGGUGAGCACUGCUAUCGGCUAUUCACUCAUUUAAAGUGUUGGGCCAAUGAUAAAAGCUUUUGACACUCUUUGCAAAUUAGUUUUAAAAAUUAUCCUCAAUAUGGUCAAAAUGCAACUACUCAUUUUAAUUUUCCCAAAAGCUCAAAAUAUCAGGAAAGAAAAAUGUUUUCAAAAAUUUAAAGGCCAGUCAUGAUGUUGCUGUAAAAUCAGGUAGUUCACCUUAAAUUACCAGGGUGAUUUAUACACACACAUAGAAAUUAAAUGCUGUUCUGAAAAAAUCUUAAGUAAGGGUUAGGGAGCUGAGAUUUAUUUGGAAAUAAACAGGCAAAUCUAUGUAAAAUAAGUCAUAGAACAUCCUCCUACCACUGAUAUGGAAACACACUUUGAUUAGCAGCUGAUCAAUUGUGAGAUUAGCCGUUCAAUGAGGCUCUUUCUAAUAAUUACCAUAUGUUUGACCAUUUGGGGUCAUCCUUAGUUAUGAAUUUUUUAAAUUUCAGUAAGUUGUAUUUUCUUUCUUUCCACUUACAUUGAUAGUUUCUUGAAAUAAAAGCCUUUGGCAAUAUUUUUAGAGACAUGAAUUUGGUCCAAAAUUAAACAAUUCUAAUAAGUAUAAUUAUUACUGAGGCACACUCCAGUCUCCAUAGAUCUGGAAUAACAAACCCAUGAUUACUGCCAAACUGCUUAAAGACAUACAGUCCAGUGCACAAGUUUUAGGCUCGUAGGUUGCUAAGGAUUCACCAAGGGGUCCGACGUUCCACUCAGAAGCCAAGGUCAUGCCUGACAGCAUCUCUUUUGCCAGGAUCUUUUCACCUCUGGACAUACGCCCAGCAGUUUCCUGGGCCUUGAGAUAUCCAUAGCAACAGUACCCUAGGCCAUGCUUGCUCACAACUAACUCUGCCAAAAGGUGUCAACUUUAUUAUUCUUUCAACAGAUUAUUUUCCCAUGCAGCAAUCCAGAGCAUGACCGAGGUUGUCAUCCUCCUUCCUGCUUGAUUGUGCCCUCAGUUGGACUUAUUUGGCACAUGUACGCCUUAUUUCAGCCACCGUUUUUGGCCCAAACAUGCCUAGAAGUUCUGCACAGUACUGUCUGUGAACUGUCAAAACCACUCAGAGCUUAAAGAAACCUGGUCUAUUGAAGAAAUAGUAACACUGUCGUCUAAACUGUUGUUUACAAUUCUUUUACACCCUCAUUACAUUUACAAAAUGUUGCUUGGGUUUGUGUUUUUGGUGUCUUCUGGUUAAUAACUUAAACAGAUGAGGAUCUGAAUUAGGGUUGUUGCGACUUUUGUUCAAUACCAUUAAAAAUAAAUUUUUUAAAAACUGCAAAAAAAAACAAAAAAUGGGAGUCCUUGGCACCAAGUCUAGGGUAAUAUACUGUUUUGAAUUGCCCAAAAUGGCAAACUUCUCUGCAGUGCUGAGCAUAAUUUAGAUGUCCAUUUUGAUGGAUUUACACCUCUCCUGCACCGCUGUUUUAUGAUCAGUAUCAAAAGUACUUCAAAAUUCAAAGUGUCUGAAAAACUCAACCUUGCAAUCAUUAAAAAAGAGAUGGUAUUGCUUUGAUCAUGAGAUAUUGAUAAUGUAUGAAAAAUUUGACCACCUUAAACUACUGCAGACUCUUCAGCCUGAAGCUCUGCUAAUUUUCUGUCUUCAGUUACAAAAACAAAUAAUAAACAGCUAAUAAAAAAUCGUUGCAUGAAGCUCUGGCCAAGACAAAAUAACCCUCCUUUACUCCUAAACAGCUAACUACCUAUAAAACUCCCCAUAACAUCCUCUUUGCCAUUCUUCGACUACUUUUUCGGCAUAUUUUUAACGUAAAGAUGGAUUGUGUUUGACUGUUUUGCAUGAAGAAAGCUCAGAGUUGUGUUUCAGUAUUACUGUCUGUGGCUGUUUGCUGUAGUGACUGUUCAGAUGUGUUAAGUUAAAUGAAAUCAGCCUGCAGAGCCACAGUGCCCCAGACCAAGCUUUAUGCAUGGACACGUAUCUGUUGAAUACAGGAUGGCAUUAUUUUGUAAUGUAGCACUCUUAAUUUAAACUUAAAUGCAACUUUAACUACCUAACAGGCAGGAUUUGUUUGGUUUUAAUGUCUGAUAAACCUGCAUAGUGGUCAGAAACUGCAUGUGCAUACUUAUUUCUAACGGUCUGUGGCUCUGCAGUGCGAUGUUUGCUGGUUAGUUUUUACAUGAAUAACUGUGGAUAUGAAUAAUGCACUCUGAAAGCAUAUUUUGUAUUAAUAAAAUGAUCUUUUUACAUCUG